AUGAAAGGUCGAAGUACCAGCUCUGUAUACUGUAGUCUAAGCUUUGUCCUGGUACUAUCCACGAUACCUGGCCAGUCCGAGCAUCAAACACAACGACGACAAUGCAAGGCUGGGAACGACGAUGAUACCUGCGACAAUGGACAUGAUCCAUUCGUUCGAAAGCCCCUUGAUGGCUUUCCAGCUCGCUGUGGCCUUUACAUGGCGGAGUCGUCCAUCCCACACGCCGGAUGGGGCAUGUACACGGCUCAAGAUCUGUUCGAAGGUGACGCCAUCCAACCCCUCGAUGUGUCCAUUCCCGUCUUUGACCUCGAGCACCAUCAAAACGUGAUUUCCAAUAAGUUCAAGCGCGAAGUUCCCGAAUGGCUUAUGGGUCAGUACUACUGGAACGCUGAUGUGAUUUACGCGCAGUUCGACGCCAUUGACGUUAAAGGUAUUUUGCCCGGUUUCGGCAUGCUCGCCAAUUCGCACGUUGGUCUGGUCAACGCCGAAAAUGGUGGCAAUCGAGAUCGAUUGGCACUCGGUCGGGAAACACCGCACGUGGGAGCUUCGAGUCACUAUCAGGAUUUGACCUUUACCGUGCUUGAUGAUUUACCUGCCGGCCACGAAAUCUUCGUUGAAUACGGCGAUGAAUGGUUCGAAGAUCGAUCACACGUCUUUGGUGAUGAUCUACCUUUAUCCCAUCAUUUCGAGAGUGCGGACACAAUUCUGGCGCAAUGGAAAGAGGUCGUGCCGGGAGAUUUGGAAUCCAGCCUGGGAACCGACUUGUACAAUUUGAUACUGGACGGCCUGGGACAUUUUCUGUCGCCGAGGCUGCGCAGAGCCUUGCCACAAACUGCAUCGGAUGCAGUAUCUCAGGCCAAUGGUCAAGGAACUGCAUACGCAACCGUACCUAAUGUAGUUCGCGAUAUUGAUUGGCUAGAAGAAAACGGAAUGUGCCUCGACAAUUUAGCACCCCGGGAAAAUGUUGACGCCGGCAACAAGGGAGCUUUUGCGACGCGCUUUCUGUCUCGCGGUUCCCUUGUCGCGCCAGCACCUGUCAUUCAACUAUCCCGACAACACUUGGAAAUGAUCUUGGUGGAUGCGUACGACGAAGUACUUUGGCAAGGUCACCAACUGCUAUUGAACUAUUGCUACGGACAUGCAGGUUCUUCACUUUUAUUUUUUCCGUACAGCCCCGCUACCAACCUUAUCAAUCACGGUUCCGGAGAAAGGGCCAACGUCGGGGUGCGCUGGUCGGACCGAAUGUCAAACCCUGAAAUGCUGCAGUGGACAGCUGACGAAAUCCUAGAAUCCAACGAGAAAGCUGGUCUCAUGAUGGAAUUUUACGCGCUACGCGACAUCCAACCGGGGGAAGAAAUAUUAUUGGACUAUGGAGACGAAUGGCAAGACGCGUGGGAUCGGCACGUUAACGACUGGCGACCACCGAUUUACGAAACGGAUUAUACGCCGGCGUACACUUUCGACCGUCAUGAUGAAAUUUAUACGUUGGAAGAUGGAGAUCUGUAUCCACCGCCCUAUGUGCAGGUUCGUUGCUACGUGAACGAAGACGAACCAGGCGUACCAGAUGAGGAUGGAUGGUACCAGUGGACGCCUGUUGAAAAUGAGGAUUUGUCGUACACCGUUCCUUGUACGGUUCUUUCGAGCGAUGCAGUCAACGAUAAAGAAAAGGCCUACCGAGUGCAGGUCAACGCAAACGAAAACCUCAAAUUCAAAGCUGCACCGUGGUCGUCUAUUACUUUUAUCGACGUGAGUUACACAGGCAAUCAGCAUCUUCGACAAGGGUUCCGACACGAAAUCAAACUACCUGAUGCAAUGGUACCCGAUUGCUGGCGUGACAUUGAAAAUCCUCCCGACAACGAACUGUGUAAUUUGUUCAUGGCCGAGUCUGCGAUACCCAACGCUGGUCUCGGCAUGUUUACGGCGCGACGGUUGGACAAAGGCGAACUGAUAUCUAGCGGAGACGUAGUGCUCCAGAUCGAAGACGCCGACUUGAACAAGAACCUUCGCUUCUGGCGGCAAGGUAUUACUGAUAUCGACGAACCCCCGUGGCUAUUGGAAAAUUAUUUCUGGAAUCCAUCCAACACCUUUGGAUCGUUCGAAGCACAUGAUGUGGAGAGUAUUGUACCAGGCUUGGGCAUGCUAGCGAAUUCACAUCCAGGACUGGUGAACUCGAAAAUGCUGCCGUCCUCAGCAACAGCUGACUUGCAUCGCGGCCUAGACCCAGGUGCUGGUGCAUCGACACACUACCAUAAUGUUAGGUUCAGAGCUACCGACAAAAUUGAGGCUGGCACAGAACUUUUUGUGAAGUACGGCGACAGCUGGUUUGAAGAGCGAGAAGAUCUUGGGCCUAUUCCAUUGUCGGACGACUACCAACGAGCUGAUCGAACUGUGAAACGUUUUUGGAAAAUUAUCGAUGGCAACACGACAAGAGAACUGGCACGUGAUCUGUGGGACUUCAUUUUACAAGCAUCAUCUAUUCCUAUGCGCCACAACAUUGCACUACCACAAAGCCUUGAGAAUAUAGAAAGUAUCUUGAAUAAAGGUUCCGCUUAUUACUCAGUUCCGGACCGCAUUAAAUCAAUUGGAUGGCUCGAGGAGAACGGACGCUGCCUAGACAACAUUCGCCCCAGUCAAUCAAAGCUUCGUCAGGCUGGAAAAGGGGCAUUCGCAACGCGAGCAAUUCCGAAAGGAAAAAUUAUAGCUCCGAUGCCCGUGGCGCAUGUUCGACGGCAUCAUAUGGAUAUCUUCGACAGUGACGACCACAGCGACCCUUCAGCGAACGUUUGGAGCGACGGAACUCAGGUACUCAUGAACUAUUGUUACGGCCAUCCCAAUAGUACCCUGCUUCUAUUUCCCUACUCACCGGUGGUAAACUACGUCAAUCACAAUGCAACUUCAGCCAACGCUGAGCUGAGGUGGUCGAAGCUGCCCAAUCACCUUGAAAGCUGGUUGGAACGAACUCCCGAUAGUCUUGAUUCGGAGGAGCACGCAGGUUUGAUAAUGGAGCUAACCGCAACCAGAGACAUAAGCGCUGGCGAAGAAAUCUAUUUGGAUUACGGCACUUCUUGGGAUGAAGCAUGGGCAGAUUACGUUGCAAAUAAAUUUCGUCCGACAGGCGAGGAUUUGUUGUAUAGGUCAAGCGCUGAUCUCAACAGAAGAGUCGAAUGGAUCAAGACACGAUCCGAACUCGAAACAGAACCGUACUACUUCGAAAGCGCCUUUACCGCUUGCUUUGUGGGGAGAAGUCAGCGAACAGGCAAUCAUGAUGAGGCUGACGAUAGUAAGCUUCAGCAAUUCUUGUGGACGCCGGUAGUCGGCAUGUACGAUGACACAUACAACGCAUACCCUUGCACUGUUUUGGAGCGGACCGUCAAUGACGUCGAAGGGUAUGCACCUCAUCGUAGAGACAGCGUGUGGCCAAUGGAAGUUACUUACAAAAUUCGUCUCCAUCAGCAAAAUGAAGGCGAUGUCAUCAUGACGCAAGUACCACGGCGAGCUAUACAGUUUUUUGAUCGCGCCUACCAAUCGGAUUUGUUCAUUCGUAGUGCCUUUCGGCACGAGAUUCAUUUGCCUGACGCAAUGGUUCCACCAGCCUGGCGAGACUUGAUAGAACUAGUGUGAAGGUGAACAAUGUACAGCAAACAGGGAUGAUUCACCUAUAAAAAGUCCGCAUCGGUCAACUCUUCGCCGAAAUAUGCAAAUAGCUUUUCCAAUGCCGGUCUUUGUAGUUGUGUGUUGCGCUGAGUAGACCGCAUCAAGUCAACGAAACGUUCAUCGUGGUAAUUAUUCGGUUGCCAGUACCACAACUGCUGAAUGAAGUAUACGUAUCGUUUGGCCUCGUGAAUCAUAUCCCUCGCUAGACAAAAUUCUAAAAUCUUGGUAUGCGUCAUGUACGGUGGCAAGACGUCGUGUUGAUUGAAAAAAUCCUGAACCACCGUCACGGCAGCCGCCACGUCCCCUACAUUCAAAAGCCCAUCGACAAUUGCGCGCACGGUAAACGGAUCCGGACGUAAACCAUGGUUCAGCAUUUUUCGAAAAUACUCUUGGGCAGUAGCGACGUCGCCUACUGCUGCGAGUCCGCCCAAAAUAAGAUCAAACGAAAUGUUGUUAGGCUCACAACCGGACGUCGGCAUUACGGUGUCCAGAACGUCCAUGGCUCUCCAGAGGGCGCCUCGAUGUACGCAAGCCUUGAUCAAUGCGUUGUAACUGCCAACAUCGAGAUCUAGGGGUUGAUGCCCACAGGCACCUUGCUGCAAG